AAUCGAUCUAUCGAUCGCAAGAGCGCAUAUAUUGGCGGCAAUACGCGCCCACUACUGUCAUCGCUAGUGUGUUUUCAGCGCCUUUUUUUUAUUAAGCGAAUAACAAGCGAAGAUUUGCUGGGAAACAGGAGCUGCAGAAGUAGGACACACAGGCAGACAGAGAGCACAGCAGAAUGUCCGCCGGCAUUGUGAAGACCCCGAUCAGCGGCAGGACGAAGGAUGCGGCUGUGUCGGCCAAAUCAGCGGAAAAGACGGCCAGCGGUGGCAAGAAGUUAGUGCAGACGCGUCUGCCCUUCAAAUUAUUAACGCCGGGCGGUGGGCCGGUAUCCACAUCCUCGUCCUCCUCGUCUCCCGCCACCACUGGCUCCGCCCCCGUCACCGUGAUCCAGGAUGAGGACGAACCCGCUCCCCGCAAGCGAAAGCUAUCAUACGACGAUGAGUCGCCAUCGGAGGGCACUGGCUGCUCUUCGGGGCCACUGCGACGUUCGACCAGCAAGGAGAACCUGGAUCUGGCCAGUUCCAUAGCCACCAAGAAGGCCAAGACCACGGAUUUGCCAGCGGAAGAUUUCAUCGAACUGGAUGACGAUGAAGCCGACAAGGAGAUGGCGGAUCAGAAUGGAGUGGUGGAGGCCAAGGCAUCCAUUGAGGUCAAGUCAAAGCCGAAGAAGCCGGAGGCCAAGAAAGGCUCGCCGGCGCCCAUACAAAUCAAACUGCCGCUGGUCAACAAACGAUCAAAGCGUAGAAAAUCCCUGAAGAAAUCUGGGGAGUCGUUGGACACUACGGCCACAACUGUUGGCAAGGGGGACAGCGAGUCCAGCGACGAUAUAGAGAUCAUCGCCGAAGAACUGAACCCCCAAAAGAGGCCAAAAGUACAAACACCGCUUGAGAAAUCGCCAGGAAACAGCGAGAAGCAGGAGGAGGAGGUCAGUCAGAAGAAUGGAAAGGACUCAAUGAAGCAGGAGGGGCCCCAGAGGACAGGCAAGGAGUCGAAGAAGGAAGAGCCAAAGACCGCAGAGAAAAACAUAAAGAACGAUCAGGCCACAAUAGAUAUCUUUAUGGGAAAGAAAGCGGAAACCAGUAAGAAAGAUAAAUCCGAAGCCAAGACCGGUAAGGGCAACAAGAUGGAUCAUCCGAUUGCACAGGACUCCAAACCAAAAGAAAUCCCAAAGAAGGACAAAAAGGAGGAAUCGAAACCGGAUGAAAAGAGUAAGAACGAAGAGAAGGAAAAAGUAGACGCACCUGCAAAUAAUCAAAAAGAAGAGCUUGCUGCCGUGAAAAAUCAGCAAAUGGCAGCCAAGAAAAAAACUUCUGAACCAGAAUCGGCGGCCAAGAAGGAUUGCAAGAAAGACGAACCAUCUACUCACGUUAAGUCGGACAAAGAAUCUCCUGGAGCUGCGGAAAUCUCGGUGAUCCUCUCGACCAGCGAGAACAACAGUUCCAGCAGCGAGCACGAGAUGGAUGCCGACACGGACACCGCGGCCACAGACAGGACCUCCGCUCAAAAGGAGACUCGCCUGCACAGGAAGAGUCUGCCGGAGGAAACCGGAGCCCCGAAGAGUCUUACGCCCAAACAGCAAAGACUCUUGGAGCGAAGGAAAAAGGCUCGCGAGGAGAAGGAGCAAAAGCUCGCGGAGGAGCGUCGCCUUAAGCAACAGGAGAAGGAGCAUCGCGAGCAGCAGAAGAAGCAGGAGCGCGACGAAAAGGAGCAGCAGCGUAAGCUGGAGAAGGAUCAAAAGGAGCAGCAGAAGAAGAUGGAAAAGGAGGAGAAGGAGCGCAAGCGGCAGGCGGAGGUGGACUCCAAGAACGAGGAAAAGCGCAAGCGCAACGAGGCCAAGGAGGAGGUGCAGCGCAAAAAGGACGAGGAGCGCCGCAAGAAGGAGCAGGAGCGUGAGGAGGCCGAGCAAAAGAAGAAGCGUGCCGCCGAGUCCUUCUCCAAGUUCUUUGUGCCCAAGCAGCCCAAGGGCGGCAGCGGAUCCAACAAUACAUCCUGCCUGGAGCACGAACAAAGCAGCUGCGACAGCUCCAAGGCCAGCAGCCAAACGCUGGCCUUUCGACCAUUUCAGAUUAAAGACGACAUGCUGCUGGCACCCAUCGUGCGCAACUCGCUCGGCCAGGAGCAGCGCUCUCAGCUGGAUGGUCUUUUCCGGCACCAGGACGAGGAAGAGGACGACGGCGAGGAGGAGGAGGACAUCGUCAGGCGGAAACCGCCGAAUCGAGCUCAUCUAUAUCUUAGCGAGUUGAGCAGCGGUCGGCGCGAACCACUCAAGAUGCGGCGCGAUGCCAAGCUCCAGAGACGCACCAAGGAUGAGGAGGAUGAAGACGAGGUCCAAGUGAUAGAUUACCUAUCCUCUGCAGGACUGCCCAUCGAGGUGGAGCAGCCCAAGCAGUUGACUCGAAUGAGGGCCAAGUAUCUGCAAUUUGCCGACAACCGGAGGCCUCCAUACUACGGCACCUGGCGCAAAAAGAGCAGCAGCAUCUCCGCUCGUCGCCCACUGGCCCAAGAUAAGGUGCUCUUCGACUACGAAGUUGAUUCGGAUUGCGAGUGGGAGGAGGAGGAACCGGGGGAGUCGCUGAGCGCCAGCGAGGACGAGAAGGAGCGCGAGUCAGAGGAGGAAUCCGAAGAGGAGUACAACGAAUGGUACGUGCCGCACGGUCAUCUCAGCGACGAAGAGCUGCAAAACGACGGCGAUGGAAUGGAAGACGGACACACGCGGGAGGCGCAGAAGGCCAAACUCCAGGUGCUGCAGCAGGAAUUCGCCCAGGAAAUGAAGAAGCAGACGAAGAAGAUUAAGGCGCGCCUGCUGGGACCCGUGUGGCUGGACGAAAAUGGCAACAAGUCGGAGUUAUUCCCGGCAAUCUUUGCUCACACCAUCGACAUGUACGCCUGUUGGCACACAGAGCCAAUCAGCAUGCAACCUCCAACCGAACCGGAGCGCGAGGAUCAGACGCCCGAGCAGCUGGCGCCGCUGCAGCUGGAUGAUCGCCUCAUGCAGCAGCUGGUGAGACUUACUCACGGCAAUCGCAACUCGAAGAUGUUCCUGGUCAACGAGUAUUUAGAGUACCUGAAAACCCAGGCGACCCCCGAGUCCAAUCAAACGUUGCUGCCUUCAAAGGCUGUGCUGCGCGAGAAAAUCGAUGAGUUAGCCAGCUGGAAGACCGUGGAGCUGGGCACACCCGAGACUGCUGCCACCAGUGCCAGCAGCGCCAAGAAAAGCAAGAAACCGAAGAAGCGUCUCUGCUGGGUGGUGGCCAACGAUAUGCUGGAAAAGUUCCAGCUCCCAGAUCUCCAGCUCCAGAAUCAGUGGAACUACACUUUGACGCCCAAGGUUAGCGAGGGACCCGAUGCAUCGCAGCACGAGCAGAGUCCGCCAGCGGAUGCGGAAGCCGCCGCAUCGCCCGCUGUCAACGCGGCUACAAACUCGGCACCAACAACGCCCAUCAGUGGACAGGCCCAGGCGGGUCAGGGCGGCAAGAAGCGGGCCACGCUGAUCAUGUCUGUGCCCAGGGAUCAGCCGAUUCCAUCGGCCACCAAGAACAAGCUGAUCAGCCAGUUCCUGCAGCGCCAGAGCGAUGCCAGCAAACCCAAGGAGAAGAGGCAGGAGAAGCCUCCGCCCACCAUUGUCGAUGAUGUGGUGAUGCUCUCGGAUUAGGCCUAAGUUAGACCCCUUAAGGAAACCUCCCCUUCCCGCAACCACUGCCUCUGGUGCUGUGUAUCUUUCUGCUAAGCGAGUAUUUAAAAUAUGCAAGCAUUUUUUUUUCGUUAGAUUCAGUCGUAAGUUGAUUUAUUUGUAAAUGUUGCGAUGCACGUUCGACUUGUAUGUCCUUCUCAGCCACCCCAUCAGGGUUAUCCCUGCCCACCCAGCAUCCUUCCACUCAAUGGUAGAAUUGCUAGGAGCUUCGGCGACACCAGCUCCCACAAUUAAAAUUUGCAUUGAACGAUGGUUCUUACAUAUAUAGUAUAUAUGCAACAAUACACUACCUGAUGAUCUUUUAUUUGAAGGCAAUUUUGGGUGCUCAUUCAAAAUACAGAUACAAUACAUAAA